AUGACUAAAUUUGGUUCGGAGAAAACAGAUGAUUUGCCGACAACUGACGAAAUUUUGAAGAUGAGUCCGGAAGAUUUGAAAGAUCUAUGCGAAUGCGACCCUUGUGUUUGUGAAAUUUGUUUUAGCAAACCUAACAAAGAUGGAGCCGAAGAUGCUGUUGCUGAUAGUUCACCGUGCUGUUGCAAACCAGGCUGCCAAUGUGAACUGUGUCAAGUCGAAGAAAUGAAAAAACAAAUAGAAACACUGAGAAAUGAAAUAGAAGCUUUAAAACCACCCAAAAGAAGUCGAGCUCCCGGACAACCCGAAGAUUGUAAUUGUGAAAUUUGCAUAUGUGCGAAUGAAGUUCUAAAUGAUCAUCCCGACGACUGUGAUUGCGAGAUAUGUCAAUGUCCGGAAGGACCGAACAAAGGCGCCACUCCUAUCGUCGAAGGUGUAGCCACUGAUAGACCCGAUCUUCCACCAGAUUGCGAUUGUGAGAUCUGUGAUUGUCCAUUUAGUCCUUUGAAGAGUAAAGCAAGGCCUGGCCAUCCACCGGAUUGUGAUUGCGAAAUUUGUACAUGUCCUCUUGCUCCUGCGGCUGGAGACGGUUGCACUUGCGGCGACUACUGUACCUGUCCCGGAGCACCAAAAACGCCUAAAAAAGAAAUGCAAGGUUGUACUUGCAAACCAAUAUGCCUCUGUCCAGGAGGACCAAUUCCAAUGUGCGAAUGCCAACCGGAGUGCUUCUGCAGCCCGUGUUCUGAUCCAAGAAAAAGGGCACCAGUCAGAUGCGCAUGCGAUUGUGAUCCUUGCGAAUGCUCACCUUGUCCUGAUCCUGCUAAAAAUGCCAAGCCUACAGAUGACUUACACUUGCCAGACUGUACCUGUCCAAAAUGUGAAUGCGCCGGUGAUACGGAGCCUCAACCACAACCAGACGGUUGCGUAUGCGCUGUCUGCAAAUGUGAAGAAGAGGAUACUAAAGCUGAAACAGCCAUUCAAUGCGAUUGUGUUGAGUGUAAAUGUGAAGAAGAUGAACCCGUCGCCGAUCACGGUGACGAUUGUAUAUGUGAUAUUUGCAAAUGUUCCCCCGAAGAAGAUUUCACUCAUCCGGAUGGUUGUACUUGUGAUAUUUGUAAUUGUUCACCGCAAGAUGAACCAACCCAUCCGGAAGGUUGUAUCUGCGAUAUCUGCGAAUGCAAACCAGAAGAACCGGCGCCGACGCCGGAAUGCAUUUGCCCCGAUCCGUGCAAAUGUGAUGAAGAACAACAAACCUCGCCACCCGGCUUAAAAGAAUGUACUUGUGGGGAUGUUUGCGUUUGUGAUCAAGGCGAUACUGCUGAUGCUAAGGUACAAGAGACUGGCACCCAUGCGAAAGAAUGUAAAUGUCCGGAAUGUAUUUGUGCGGAAGGCGGUGAUUUUUCCGAUGCCGGCGGAAAGUGCGCGUGCAAUCCCUGCGCAUGUCCUGAAUGUUAUUACAAAUCUAUAAGCAGUGAUACCAAAGAAUGUCAAUGUACUGACUGCACCUGCAUUGAUUGUUCUGAUCCAAAUAAAGAAGGUGACGGUAGAACGUGUAAAUGUCCAGAUUGCAAAUGCGAACCUUGCUUAACUGGUGUCCAACCGUCGUUAAAAUGUAAAUGCGGAGUCUGUACUUGCAUCGAAUGUGAAGGAGUCGACGUCGGUACCACCACUCAACCAUCAACCGAAAAAGAAAAAAUAGUUGCUGGACCGAUUCCGAAAGAUCGUAGUUGCCAUUGCAUCGAAUGUUAUUGCGAUGACUGUAAUAACGAAAAGAAACAAGGUUCCAAAGCCCGACCUGAGAUAGUAAUAAAGAUAAGUCCCGUCAAAAAACCCGCCACAACUGAAACAGGCAAAGGCGAAACCGAAUGUACAUGUCUCAACUGCGUUUGUUGCGAAUGCGCAAAUAAAGAUGCGAGCGGUCGAGGUGAAGGGGCGACCGGGACGGAAAUACACGGUGCCGAUUGUAAAUGUCCAACUUGUACUUGUAUCAGUUGUGCCGAAUCUGAACCAAAAGUUAAAGAUGCCGAAUGUCAUUGUAGUACUUGUCAAUGCGUGGAUUGCACGUCGAAACCCACCGAAGAUCACGGGGAUAACUGUAAAUGUCCGACAUGUACUUGUGUCACUUGUCAAGAUACACCUCCAAUCACAAAGGAUGCCGAAUGUCACUGCAGCACUUGUCAAUGUCCAGAAUGCUCAACCAAGACGGCUGAAACGCAUCCGUUAGAUUGUAAAUGUCCCACUUGUACUUGUAACGUGUGUGACGACAUUCCACCAUUAAAAAAGGACGUAGAAUGCCACUGUACAACGUGUGUAUGCCCAGAAUUUGUAUAA